UUCACGGUUUUGGGGGGGGGUACCCUGAGUUUUAUCUGGAUUUGUCCCAGGCCUAUAGCUCUACCAUUUGCGCAACAUCCCCACCUUUGCCUGAACGACAAACCAAUAUGAGCUUCACCUCUCAUCUCCAAGCGACCAACCUCAUGGUGGUCGGAGCAAAAUCGCCGGUGGAUCGUCGCCGGAAGGCACUUAAGAGAGUGAAUAAAGAGCUCUCAAGAGGCAAGUACGAAACUGCACUCUCUCUCGUCAAGCAACUCAAGGGAAAACAUGGCUGCCUCUCUGCCUUCGCCUCUGCCAAAUUGCUUCCGAAGAAAUCACCAGUACUGGAUACAUUGGGUGGGUUGAUAGAUUCAGUCUCCAGAAGCUUUGAAUCUGUUUCUGCUGAAGCGAAUUCAGUAAGAAAUUUUCAAGAGCACAAAGCUAUAACUUCUCCUUCUGAAGAAGAUUGGUUCGCUGUUGUUCAGCAUGAAUCAGGCCAUUUUCUGGUUGGUUAUUUGCUUGGAGUUCUUCCAAGACGCUAUGAAAUACCAAAUUUGGAAGCUAUGAGGGAUAAUGUAGCCAGUGUAACUGGGAGAGUAGAAUUUGUGGGCUUCGAGUUCCUCAAACAAGUUGGUGCUGCAAACCAAUUUAUGAAAGAUGAUGUGGAUCUUUCGGUCUCUCAAGGCUAUAUAUCGUCCAAGACACUGAACAACUUCUCUUGUGUGAUACUUGGAGGAAUGGUAACAGAACAUAUGCUUUUCGGAUACUCGGAAGGUUUCUACUCCGAUGUUGUCAAGUUGAACAAUGUUCUGCAAUGGCGAGGGUUCACAGAAAUGGAAAAGGCGGCUCAUAUCAGAUGGGCUGCUUCCAACACUGUAUCUUUGUUACAUUCAUACAAUGAAGCAAGAGUUUCACUAGCAAAAGCAAUGGCCAAAGCCAAACCGAUUGGUGCUUGUAUUGAAGCCAUUGAAUCUGCAAUUUCUAGACAUUAUAUGUAAACUAAUUUUGUAUUCUUCCUAAUAACUUCAGCUUCCUUUUAAGAGACACUGUAUACAUUACCGGA